GAUAAUAAAAGUAAUAAAUUCUUGGUAGCAAUUGUAGGAAUUGGAUUUCGUCUACCAGGUAAAUCAAAUAACCCUGUUCAGCUAUGGAAUAAUUUAAAGAAUGGUUUUAAUGCAGUAGUUGAAACUACAGACCGUUGGAGUGAUAAUUUUUAUGAAAGUGGAUCACAUGCGUCAAAUUGUGCUGGGCUUCUUGAAGACAGUGAAUGGAAACAAUUCGAUCCAUCUUUUUUUGGUAUAACAUCAGAAAAUGCAAAGCAAAUGGACCCUCAACACAAAUUAUUAUUGAAACUCACAGCAGAAGCAUGCGAAGAUGCAAACAUAUCACUAUUUUCAAUAAGAGGUACCGAAACAUCUGUGUAUAUUGGUCAGUCAAGUUGUGAUUAUACCUAUGCUAGUUUUAAAAAUGACUCGGAUAAUAUUAACAUUUUCAACAAAACUCAAUGUAGUGCAGCAAAUAGAAUUUCAAAUACAUUUGACUUAAGAGGUACUUCAUUAACUAUUGACACUGCAUGUAGCUCUUCAUUAAAUGCGGUCCACUUGGGUUAUAAUUCAAUUAAAAAUGGUGAUGAAGUUUCAAUAGUAGGAGGAGUCAAUUAUAUACUGGAGCCAAAAAUAACAAAUUAUUUUACAAAACUAUCAAUGCUUUCUAAAACUGGUUCUUGCAAAGUUUUUGAUAAAGAUGCCGAUGGAUAUGUACGUAGUGAGGGUGGUGGGGUUGUUAUCUUAAAAAAACUUGACGCUGCCAUUCGAGACAAUAAUAAAAUAUACUGUGUAAUAAAUGGAAGUGGAAGUAAUGUAGAUGGUAUGUUAAAUAAGCUAAAUUAUUUGGCACCAUCAAAACUUGCUCAGGCUAAUAAUAUCAAAAAUGCAUUUAAAUCAUCAAAAAAUUCAUUAGAAAUUAAUGAUUUGGAUUUUUUAGAAUGUCACGGAACAGGUACCCCCAUCGGAGAUCCCAUCGAAACAGAGGCAAUUUCAAUUGUACUAAAUGAAUUAAAUCGUUCAAAAGAAAAUCCAUUAUUAAUUGGUUCAAUUAAAUCAAAUAUUGGUCAUUGUGAAGCAUUUUCUGGUGUAGCAUCAUUAAUUAAAUGUUGCUUAAUGUUUAAGAAUCGAGAGUUUAUUCAUAAUAUCAACUUUAAUAACCCAAAUCCAGAUAUAAAGUUUAAAGAGUGGAAUUUAAAAGUACUAACUCAACCAACACCAUUCCCAAAUAAAAAUGUUUUAAUUGGUAUAAAUUGUUUUGGGAUUACUGGUUCAAAUUGUUGUAUUUUAUUAAAAGAAUAUAAUAAAAAUUCUAAUCAUAAUGAAAAAUUGGUUAAAGAAAUAGAUAAUUGUUAUUAUUUAAUUCCAUUUUCAAGUGCAUCAAAAAAAUCUUUAGAGAACUAUCAAGAAUUAAUUUUACAUAAUUUUUCAAAUAUUAGAAAAUCAAUUGAUUUUAAAUCUUUUGUUCAAUAUCAAAUAAAUUGUAAACCAACUCAAUUUUUUCAAAGAUCUGUAGCAAUUGCUUCAAACUUUAAAGAGUUUAAAGAGGUUUUAUCAAAAAAAUUAAAUUUUAUUUCAAAUAAUGGUGAAAGAUUUAUAAAUGAUAGUAUUGUUUCGACCAAAUCAAAUAGUUUAUCAAAUGUAAAUACAAACUUUAAAAAUCCUCCAUUGGUAUUUGUGUUUGUUGGCCAAGGGCCCCAGUUUAGCAAAAUGCAACUCAAUUUAUAUCAAAACAAUGUAGUUUUCAAACAAAGUGUCGAUAAAUUAGAUGGUAUACUAUCAAAGUAUUAUGGUUAUUCAAUUAUGGAAAAAUUAAGAUCAAUUAAAGAUGAUGAUUUGGUAUCUAUAGGUGAACCUAUUUUAGCUCAACCCUCAUUAUUUAUUAUUCAAGUAUCUCUAUAUGAACUAUAUAAACAUUUUGGUAUUAUUCCUUCAAUAAUAAUUGGUCAUAGUUUUGGUGAAGUUACAGGUGCUUAUUGUUCAGGAAUGAUUUCAUUAGAGGAUGCAUGUAAAAUUGUUUAUUAUAGAUCAACAUUACAAAAUCGAUUAAAUGGUACUGGAAGAUUAAUGGUUAUCAGUUUAUCUGAGGAACAAUUUAAAAAUCAAUUCUCAAAUAAAUAUCCAUCCAUAGAAAUUGCAUGUUAUAAUUCGGCAACUACCAUUGUAAUUGUUGGUAAUGAGGAUGAAAUUAAAGAAAUAUCUAAACAACUAAACGAAAAACAAGUGUUUAAUUUUAUAAUGAAUACAACAUCAAGUUUUCAUUCCUCCAAACAAAAAUUAAUUAAAUCCCAAAUCCUGGAAUUAUUAAAAGACAUAAAACCAAAGAUACCCAAAAUAACACACUUUUCAACAGUAACCACAAAUCCAUUUGAUGAAAUUACUUUAUUUACUUCAGAGUAUUUAUAUAGAAAUUUAAGAAAACCAGUCUUUUUUCACCAAACAAUUGAAAAUAUUUUCAAACAUAUUGAGGAUAACAAUCUCGGUACUGCACCAAUUUUUUUAGAAAUUACUCCACAUAAAACUUUAACAGUUUUUAUUAGUGAUACAAUUCGUCAAGAGUCCAAUUAUUUUAAAAAAGAUUCAAUUUCAAUUCUAUCACCACUAAAUAAAAAAGAAACGAAUGAAAUGGUUAAAAUAAAUAAAACAAUUUCAGAAAUUUACUGUUUAGGUUAUAAUAUCAACUUCAACUCACAAUUUAAUAUCAGUGAUUUAGAGAAUAUAUCCAAAGUAAAGUCAAGUUUUAAAGUUUCCGAUACACUACCACGAUAUCAAUGGGAUGAAGAAGAUCAUUGGGUGAUAGAUGCAUCAUUUAAAGAUUACUUAUUAAAUGGCCCAUCAAUAAAUCAUUUUGGAAUCGAAAAUGAUAAUUUACCAUUUAUAUCAAGAUCAACAUUAAUAAACAUCGAUAAAAAAGGAUUUAGUUAUUUAAGUGGUCAUCAAGUACGUAAUAAAAUUUAUGUUCCAGGUUGUCUCUAUAUUGAUAUUUUAAUUGGUAUAUUCAAUGAUCACGAUUUAACAAUUUCGUACUUGGAGUUUAAAAAUCCGUUAAUUCUAGAAACUGGUGAAAGUAAACAUUUACAAACAAACCUAAUCAAAAUAUCAAGAAAUGAAUAUAAAGUUACUUUUCAUUAUAAAGAUAACAAAGCUAAUAAAUGGGUUUUAACCUCAACUGGUAAAGUCUUAUUGCUACCACAUGGAUCCACUUCAAAUAAUAAAUAUAAUUUACAAGAAUUUAAAGAUAAAUGUAAUAUUUCAAAAUUAAAAAAGGAUGAACUCUAUUCAAAUAUCAUACACUCAUCUGGUUUAAAUUAUACAGGUGCUUUCAGAAGAAUAGUCAAAGCUUAUUAUGGAAAUGAUUGCACAUUUUCAAAAGUAGAGCUACAUCAACAAGAAAUUACAAACAACAACAACAAAUUCUUUUUUGAUCCAUCCAUUCUCGAUUCAUGUAUUCAAAGCUUUAUAUCGUUUAUUCAAGAAAAAAUUCAAAUGGUAUUUCAAAGAGUUGAAAAUUUUAAAGUCUAUUCAUCAAAUAUUCCAAAGAAUCUAAAUCAAAACUCUUAUUUGUAUUGUUACUCUGAAUUUAAACAUACAUAUGGUCAAUUUUAUCAUGCAAAUCUCAAAGUGUUUUUAAAAGAUGGUACCAUUUUAUUAGAAUCACCAGAGCUUGUAUCAAUGUCAUUAAAUGAAAUAAUAGAUCCACUAAAGAUUGAAAUAGAUACGGACUUGUACUCAAAGUAUUCAUGGCAACCAAUCAACUCACCAAUUAAUAACAGUAAAAACUCUUUACCAUUUGUAUUUUUAAAAGGUGGUUUUAAAAUUGAAGAAAACUAUCAAUAUAAAAAAAAAUCAUCAAGUAUAGGUAUUUCAAAAUUAUUUUUUGAUAAUUUCAAUAAAAGAAACCCAAGAAUCACAUACAAUACUAUUCAAGAGAAAUCAAUAGAUCAAUUAUACAACGAAUUUUAUAAAAUUAAAGACACAAUAGUCAAUAAAAGAAAAUUUUAUAGAGUUUUUGAAAUUAUUAAAGAAAACAUUCAAAUAAUCAAAGAAGAUAAUUUUAUCAAUCCUCUAGAUGAUGAAAAUAAUUUUGGCGAAUUAAAACUACUUUUACAGGAAACCUCAACUUUUAUUUCUAAACAAUUACUUCCAUUGGAAAGUGAAGUUGAAGAAGAUGAACAUAUUAAUAUUCAAAAUGGUACAGUUGAAAAAAUUUAUAAUAUUCACUAUCUAAAGAAAUUAUAUGGAAUUAUCUCAUGUGUAGUUAAAGAGUCAAUUGAACCAUUAAUAAAUGAACCUAUUCAUUUUCGUAUAUUAGAAAUUGGUGGUGGGUUGGGUUGUUUGUCAAACCAUGUCGUCGAAAAGAUCAAUCAACUUAUUGACAUAUACCCUAAUUAUCAAAUCGAUAUCGAAUAUACAUUUACAGAUAUUUCCAGAGGUUUUAUUGAAAUUUCAAAGUCAAAAUUGUCAAUCAAAGAAAAUAUAAUCACUUACAAGUUGUUGGAUAUCAACCAAACAUUUGAAUCUCAAGGUUUUAGAAAUUCAUAUUUCGAUUUUAUAAUAUCAUCAAACACUUUACAUGUAGCUAGAGAUUUAAGGUUCACAAUUAAAGAAAUUUAUAAGUCAUUAUCACCCAAUGGUCAAUUAAUUUUUAUAGAACCUGUUUACAAGAAUCCAGUAAAUGAUUGCUUUGUUGGUUAUUUUGAACAUUGGUGGUCACAGGCCGACACCGAUUUAAGAAAAGACCAUUGUACUUUAUCAAACGAACAAUGGAACAAACUUUUAUACGAAGCUGGCUUUAUAAAUUAUCAGUCUUUUGAUUAUGAUUCAAAUAUCUGUUUUGUAAAUAAAGCUAUAAAACCAACAUUUCAUUUCAAUAAAAAUCAAAAACCAAUAAAGGAACAAGAAGAGAACAUAAUUAUUUAUGGUAAAAGUUCAACAUUCAAAAAACUAUUUAAUAAUGACCAUCAACUAUUUAACAAAUUUCAUUUCAUUGAAACUUUUGAAGAGAUCGAAUUAAAUCAAAAUUUAAUAACCAAUAAUACAAUUAUAUUUUUCAUUUCAAGUAUUGAAACAUUAGAAUUAAAUCAAGUUAAACAAAUCUCAAUGGAAUAUAUCAAUGUUAAUAAAAUUCUAUAUUUAAAUUCUCUAUCAACUAAAUUUAUUGUAUUAUCAUUAAACAGUGAAAAAGAAAGUUAUAAUUAUCUAGUAGGUUCAAUUCAUGGGGCUAUGAAGUACUAUGGAGAUUUUUCUUCUUUAAAGCUGUAUUCAUUCGAUUUUGAUAAUGAAUCAUUCAAUGAUAAUAUUAUAGUAUCAAUUAUAAACUAUAUAGAUUCAAACUCAUUCUAUCAAAGACAAGUUGCUGUUAGGAAACAAAACAUUUUCUAUGAAAGAAUUUCACCUCAUAGAAAUUUGAAAUUAAAAUAUAAAUCUUCAUCAUUCGAAAAUGAAAUAACAAACUAUAAUGCAAUUCUUGAUGCAAACUUAAAUUAUAAACUACAAUCAAGAGUUUUCAAUAUCAAGGAUGAUUAUAUUGAAGUGCACGUCAAGUCAUAUGGUUUAAAUUUUAAAGAUAAUCUUGUAUAUCGUUCAUUAAUACCAUUGGAACUAAGAAGUUCAAAAGGAAAUGUAAACGAGCCAGAGUUUGGUAUUGAAUAUUCCGGUGUUAUUUCAAGAGUUGGUAGAAAUGUUACAAAAUAUUCAGUUGGUGAUUGUGUAAUAGGUCUAUCAAAUUGUUCGUCAUCAUUUUUUAUUUUAUCACAUCAAGAUUUAGUUUUAAAAAAGCCAGAGAAUCUGACAUUUACACAAGCAGCAUCUAUCGCAGCUGUAUUUCUCACCUCAUACUUUUCAAUUUUCAAAGUUGGAAACUAUAAAAAAGAAUUUAAUGAAUCAAUUUUAAUCCAUUCAGCAAGUGGUGGUAUUGGUUUAUCAACAUUAUAUCUAUUAAAAUAUUUCAAUAUAAAAGCACCAAUAUUUGUAACAGUUAGCUCUGAAGAGAAAAAGCAAUUUCUUUUAAAUCACUAUGGUUCAAUUAUAACUGCUGUUUAUAGUUCAAAAGAUUCAGAUUUUGUUAGAAAUAUUAAAGAAUUUUUCAUUGAAAGGGGAUCAAAUAAAACUGGUGUAGAUAUAAUUUUAAAUACUUUAUCAAAUGAAUUUAUGGAUUCAAAUUUCAAUUGUUUAAAUCAAGGUGGUAGAUUUUUAGAUCUCAGUGUUACCCAUUUAAAUCCAUACGAAUUUACAGAUUUUAACAAGUUUAAAUGGUACAUUUCAUAUCAUUCCAUAGAGCUCUUAUAUGUUCCAUCAGAGAGAUUAAAAGAUUCAAUUUGUGAAUUAUCGCCAAUUUUCGAAACAAUGGAUUUCACACAUUACCCAAUCAUAGAAUAUGACACCUCAAAAGUUAAACAAGCAAUCAACUCAAUGUCAAAUAGGUCUCAUAUUGGCAAAAUUGUUGUAAACGUUAAUGAAAAUUUAAUUUCAAAUAUUUUCAAUCAAAAUAAAAAAUAUUAUGAUAUGAAUUUUAAAAUUUUAAAAUCAAACUAUACAAUUCAAAACCAAGCAUUAGGUAAAACCAUAUUAUUAACUGGCCAAACUGGUUUAAUUUUAGAAAUAUUGAAAUGGAUUUUAAAACUCUCUAAUGAACCAAAGAAUAUUAUAGUUUUAUCAAAAUCACCAAUAAAGUGGGAAAUGAAAGUUACAAUUAAAAAAAAUUUAGGUAAACAUUCAGUAUUUUUCGAAAGUGUAGAUAUUUCAAAUUGUAAACAAUUAGAAGAUACAAUUGGUAAUGUUAUGAAGAUAAAUCAAAUCGAAACUAUAAAUUCAAUAUUCCAUUUUGCAUUUAAUACAUGUACAUCUCAACCUGAAGAAGUUUCACUAAAUGAUUUAAAUAUUACAUUAGAUGCUAAAGUCUUUGGUGCAAUAAAUCUACAUAAUCUAUCAAUUAAAUAUAAAUGGAACAUCAUUAAUUUUAUUAUGGCCUCUUCAAUGGCAUCUGCACUCUCAUCACCUUUGCAAUGUGCAUACUCUUGUGCAAACAAUGUAAUUAAUUUAUUUUCAAACUAUAGAAAGUCAUUGGGCCUACCAUCAACAUCAUUAAACUUGGGAAAAUUCGAUUCAAAGGGAUAUGUUUCAAGAAAUGAAAAAGUAAAUAAUCUAUUGGACGACUUUGGUUUGAUUAGUGUUUCUCUCAAUUCACUCCUUGGUAUAUUAGACCUAUUAAUACAGAAUAGAAAUCACGAACCAAAUCAAAUUUUAAAUAGAUUUGGUGAAAAAUUAUUUGAAACAUUAAAAUCAAAUUCUUUUUCCUAUAAAAUGGAUUAUAUUAUAAAUAUCAAAUCAUCAUUUUUAUCAAAGAAAACAAAUGUAUUGGAUGGAAAUGAAUCAGUUUAUGAUAUUAUUUUAACUUUAAUUGCAAAUAAAUUUGGUAUAGAAAAAUCAAAAAUUGAUACAGGAAAUACAUUGGUAGAAAUGUCAGCAGAUAGUUUAAUUUUGGUUCAAAUCAAAUCAUGGAUAGAUAAUGAUGUUAAACAAAAUUUAUUUACAAUUCCCCAAUUGCAAUCCUUAACACUUGGUACAAUUAUCAAAAUAAUAAUAAAAGAAAAACCAAAUUUACAAUUAUUAAAAUCAAAAUCAAAAGCAAUAUAUAAUGAAAAUAAUAGUAGUAUAGAACCCAACACUCAAAAUGAAAAUGAACCAAUUCAAACUAUUAAUAAUAGUGAAAAUAGAUCAAUUGAAUUUUGGUUAAAUGAAUCAAAACUUGAUGAAUCAAUUCAAAUACCAACAAACAUAAUACAUCAACAAGUAUUAAGUUUAGAAAAUACUGAUCUGGUUAUUUUUUGUACUGGUGCUACUGGGUUUUUAGGUGCCUAUACAUUAUUCAAUUUACUUUUGAAAUCAAAAUCAAAGUCCAUUUACUGCUUGGUUCGAAAUAAAAAAUCAACUAAAGAAUGCUAUGAUGCAGUAAUAAACAACUUAAAGCACUACAACUUAUAUAACAAGAUAAAAGAAAAAUCGAUUGACAUUAAUAGAAUCAAACCAAUUAUAGGAAAUUUAAAUCAGGAUAAAUUUGGACUAACUCAAAUUGAAUAUGACAAUUUAUCAAUCGAAAUAGAUUUAAUAAUAAAUAUUGCAACUAAUGUUAAUUUAAUUCAAGACUAUGAAGAAUUAAAACAAUCAAAUAUUAAUAAUAUUAUUAAACUAUCAUGUCAUAAAAAAAUAAAAAAAUUGGUUCAUAUAUCAUCAAUUGCUGUAUUUAAUAAUUAUAAUAAUAUUAAUAAUAAUAAUAUUAAUAAUAAUAAUAAUAAUAAUAAUAAUAAUAAUAAUAAUAAUAAUAAUAAUAUGAUUAGUGAUGAAACAUUACCAAUUAUUAAUCAAGAUAUUAAUUUUUUAAAUGGAUAUAUUCAAUGUAAAAUUAUUCAAGAUCUUUUAAUAAAUCAAGCAUCAAAUCUAAGUAUCCCUUGUUUAUUAAUUAGACUUCCAUUUUUAUCUUGGGACCCAGAAAAUGAUAUUUGUAGUAAAGAUGGUUUAGAUUCAUUAUUGAUAAACUCAAUUUAUUCAACCAAAUGUUACUUUGAAACCAAUUCAAUGUCAUUAUUUUCUCCAGUAACUUGGGCAGCAAUCAACACAGUUAAUUUGGUUUUUAACAAAAAAAGUUGGGAGAACUCUAUCAAUAAUAAA